AAUGCUGCCAUUCGUCAUUCUAGCCUCAUCUGGGAAUCUCGUCCAACGUGACAGCGACAACCUCCUCAACCGUCCGCAAGAGCUCGAUGAGCCUCUUCUCGCAGUCCAAAUCGGCGGAAUCGUAGGAGCGUACGUGAUCUUUGUCGCUAUCAUCCUGACCCUACUUCUCGUUGUUGGCCGGCGUCUGCGCAGAACAGUCCAGUCGUCCAACUACACUCUGCAGGUCGAGAUGAUGAAGCCCAAACACCCACCAAUUGCCGCAAGUGCCACAGCCACCAAAUCCAAUGCCGCAUUCAACUCUGUCGACCCUAGCCCUGUUACUCCGACCAACAAAUCGCACGGGUUCAGGUCAUGGACGAGCUUGACCAAGGGCCAGCACUCUCGGUCCAACAACGGCAGCGUGGCUACCAUCGAUCACGAAUCAGUCGUUGCGGCUGACCGGCGCAGAAACCAGGACCAGAUGGAGAUGCUCUAUGCUGCUGUGAUGGAACAUGAUGAGCGGCGUGCUGCUGCCACUGCUUCGCCGGUUAGUCCAACGGACGACGUCAGUCUGAAAGAUCUCUCGCCAAGGUCUCCGACGAGCUAUCAAAAUGCAAACCCCUUCUCGGACUAUGCUGCAAGGGUUCCAGAGGACAAGCCUCUGCCACCGCACCCGCACCAGCAACCACAACCUCAGUACCACCACCCACCCGCGCCCGCUGUCACUGCUGCUUCACCUCCCACAAGUCCCGGUGGCCGCUCACGUACUUCCCGCCUCUCACGUAUCUCGAACCUCUCCCUCUUCCACUCAAACCGCGAAGGCAACAAUGCCUCGCACUCGCAAUCUGGAGGUAGCAGAAUCCGCUCCCCGCGCUUCACAGGCCGCAAACACGGCCACACCGUUGGCAUCAACAUCUCCUCCCCCUUGGCCUCUCCAGACCCUACCUCCCCACAUUCCGACCAAAUCCCCCUCUCCCCGCGCUUCUACAACCCCACUCCUCCUCCCCUCCCACCAAAAGCAGACGGCCCAAUCACCCGCAUAAACACCAAUAACACCACGGCCUCCCAAGAACGUCAACACCGGACUCCCGUUCCGCCACCACUAAACCUGCAGGCUGCAACCCCCACAAGCGCAAAAGCGGGCCGGAGUAGUUCGUCUCUUCCCUUCCGCGAAGCUUAUCCUCAACUUCUCUCUGCCCCACCCACAAAGACUACCAUUCUGGAGAGGCCCGAAAAACAACUGAGCGGGCCGAGAACGGGUCUGCCGACGCCUUAUAGCCCGUAUAUGCCGUUUACACCGCUGACGCCACUGACGCCAAGCCGUAUUGUGACGAAGAAGCAGCGCAAGCGUGAGGGGAAGGAGAAUGGGCUGCGCGCUCUGAACGAGGAAGAUGCAGUUAGGAGCGAGGAUGAUAUGUGGGGGUACUGA